AUGGUGUUGAAGAAGAACGGACAAUGGACCCUGUCGGCGGAACCAAAUCACCCGAUCAAGACCUCCACACCCGAUGGAGGCUCUCCGACUUCCGAAUCUCAAAAUUUCCCGCAGCUGCCAAAGAGUGGCGAAGGGCUUUCCACCGCCUUCAACGACCUUCCUCCUCUGAUUCUACUUGAACCCCCUCCUCCCCCAACACCUUCCUCUUCCAACACCCACCUCAUCACCCCCUCGACUCGAACGAGAAUGUCCAACGACAAGAACGCACAGGAGCUUCUCAAAUGGGGACUGGCCAACAGCACCACCGCUGCCGGUCCGUCGGUCGAGCAAAUCUCGGCGGACAUCGAGUCGGGACGUCGCCCCGACCUGGCAGACCCGCAUCUGUACGAAGCGAUCAUGGGCAAGAGCGAGGCCCAGAUGAUGGCCGAGCAGCUCUCUGUUGCCGUUGACGAAUCGCGCUCCGUAGAGGACCGGUGUACGGCGCUGGACAACUUCGAGAUGCUCAUCGAGACCAUCGACAAUGCGAACAACAUGACGAGCAUGAACAUGUGGCCGAGCAUCGUUGGGCUCAUGGCCUCGUCGCAACCGGAAAUUCAGACUGCCGCGGCGUGGAUUUUGGGUACGGCGGUGCAGAAUAACGACAAGGCUCAGAUGGCUGUGCUGCCACACGAACCCGUACGCGCCGUGGUGGAUCUGUUCCAGAGUGGCGAUGAAAAGGUCAGGGCCAAGGCGAUGUACGCCUUGUCCGGGCUGAUCAAGCACAAUCCAGCUGCCAUGGACCAGUUCGACAAGCUCGAUGGGUGGAAAGUCCUCCGCUCCGCACUCGUCGAUCCGAUUAUCGGGAUUCGAAGAAAAGCGGCUUUCCUCCUCAACACCUUGCUCUUCCAAGAUCCCAAUUCCCUCACCACCCCUCCCCCUUCCGCUGCGGUGGCAAGUACCGCUACCGCCGUUGCACCCGCAGCAUCUUCUGCUGGUCCGGUACCACUCGACCUUGGACCAGAGACAAUGCGCACCUCGGUUCCGCACCCCAACGUAGCACGUGCCCUCGUCGAGUCCGGAACCCUCUCCACCCUCCUCUCCUCCCUCCUACCCCCCGGCACCCACGGCAUAGACGACGCCGACCUCCCUCCCCCCUCCGGCGCAGAUGGAGAUCAGGAUCCCCGUUCCGAUCUCGACUUUGCCGAAAAAGCCGCCGCCGCCAUCCUCGCCUUCGCCGCAAAACUACCCCCCAUCCCAAGCGAUGCCCUCCUCGACCAAAAGACAAAGUCCCUCUUCAAAGCCCUGCUCAAGGAGCUGCAGGGUCCUCCCUUCGAUAGCACCACAGACGCAAAGUCGCGCGCCGACGAGCUCGCACUCGACCCUGAACAGCUCCACACCCUCACCACCACGAUCAACGCCCUCUGA